AUGGAUUCUAGGAGGAUAGCAAGAAGAGUGAGAAAGAAUAUAAGGUUGGUUAGUGCAGGAGGUGUGAAGAAUGAUACAGAACUACCACUCUCCAAUUUAAAGAGUAUAUUAACUGCUACAAACAACUUCUCUGAGAAUAAUAAACUCGGAGAGGGAGGAUUUGACCCUGUAUAUAAGGGAAUUUUGCCAGAAAAUCAAGAAGUGGCCGUAAAAAGGUUAUCAAAGAAGUCUGGACAAGGGCAACAUGAGUUCAUGAAUGAGUUGAAACUUAUAGCCAAACUCCAGCAUACCAAUCUUGCUCGGCUCUUGGGUUGCUGUAUGGAAGAAGAUGAACUGAUUUUGAUAUACGAGUACAUGCCCAAUCGAAGUUUAGACAAAUUUUUGUUUGAUCCUAUUGAAAAGACAAAGUUGGAUUGGGAUACACGCUUUCGAAUUAUACAAGGUGUUGCUCAAGGAGUACUUUAUAUCCACAAAUACUCUAGACUGAAAAUCAUCCACAGAGAUCUAAAAGCCAGUAAUGUUCUGUUGGAUGGAAAAAUAGUUGAAAAAAUAAAUCCCAAAGUGUCUGACUUUGGAAUGGCGAGAAUUUUUGAUAUAAAUCAAAUUGAAGCAAAUUACCACAAGGUUGUUGGGCCAUACGGCUACAUGUCACCUGAAUAUGUUUUAUAUGGUCAUUUUUCUGAGAAAUUGGAUGUAUUUAGUUUCGGAGUGUUGGUGUUACAGACUAUAAGUGGAAAGAAGAAUGCUUCGUUUUAUUGUUGCGAAAAUCCCCUUACGCUUGCUCAAUGGAUAUGGAAGUUAUGGAAAGAAGGAAGUGGAAUGGAGGUAAUUGACGCAUCAGUAAGGGAAACGUGCCGGAUUCAUGAAGCCUUAAGGUGCAUCCAUGUCGGGCUUUUGUGCGUUCAAGAAGUUCCAGCUGAUCGACCAACAAUGUCAUCGGUGAUUCAUAUCGAUGAAGCUGCAACACUUCCGCCCUCAAAAGAACCUGCCUUUUCAUUAAGUUCGAAUUCAAAUUCUGUUAUCACUACAUAUUCCAAAAAUUUCGUCACUGUUACUUUACCAGAACAUCGAUAG